AUGGUAAAGGUGGAAAGGGUGGUAAAGAGAGAAGAAGACAAAAAGGGAGAAGGAAAAGACAACCCGCCGAGCACUGCCACUGCAAUACCUGCUCCUCCAGAUAUUCCAGAAAAAGGCGAUAAAGAUGGUAAAGGUGGAAAGGGUGGUAAAGAGAGAAAAGACAAAAAGGAUGGAAAAGAAGACAACCCGCCGAGCACUGCCACUGCAAUACCUGCCCCUCCAGAUAUUCCAGAAAAAGGCGACAAAGAUGGUAAAGGUGGAAAGGGUGGUAAAGAGAGAAAAGACAAAAAGGAUGGGAAAGAAGACAACCCGCCGAGCACUGCCACUGCAAUACUUGCUCCUUCAGAUAUUCCAGAAAAAGGCGAUAAAGAUGGUAAAGGUGGAAAGGGUGGUAAAGAGAGAAAAGACAAAAAGGAUGGGAAAGAAGACAACCCGCCGAGCACUGCCACUGCAAUACCUGCCCCUCCAGAUAUUCCAGAAAAAGGCGAUAAAGAUGGUAAAGGUGGAAAGGGUGGUAAAGAGAGAAAAGACAAAAAGGAUGGAAAAGAAGACAACCCGCCGAGCACUGCCACUGCAAUACCUGCUCCUCCAGAUAUUCCAGAAAAAGGCGAUAAAGAUGGUAAAGGACAGGAUGGGAAGGAAGGUAAAAAAGAUGAGCCACCAAGCACUUCCACUGCAAUACCAGCUCCUCCUGAAGGACAGGAUGGGAAGGAAGGUAAAAAAGAUGAGCCACCAAGCACUUCCACUGCAAUACCAGCUCCUCCUGAAGGACAGGAUGGGAAGGAA